AUGCAUCUUCCGUCUCUCUCCCUGCCCGCCGUCUUGGGCUUCGUCUCUGUGGCGGCCGGGCACAUGCAAAUGUCGAGCCCGGCGCCGUUCCGCUCCAAGCACAACCCGUACACGACCAACGUUGACUACGACAUGAUCAACCCGCUCGCCGCCAACGGGGCCAACUUUCCGUGCAAGGGCUACCACACCCUGCUCAACACGCCGCAGGGCCGCUCCGUCGUGACGUGGCGCGCUGGAGGUAGCUACACAUUUAGCGUCGAGGGCAGCGCCACGCACAAUGGCGGCAGCUGCCAGGUCUCGCUCUCGUACGACGGCGGCAACACCUUCACGGCCAUUCAGUCGUACAUUGGCGGCUGCCCGCUCAAGGCGACCUGGCCAUUUACGCUGCCCAACGACACGCCGGCCGGCGAGGCCAUCUUUGCCUGGUCCUGGUUCAACAACAUCGGCAACCGCGAAAUGUACAUGAACUGCGCCCACGUCACCAUCCAGCCGCGCGUGGCGGCCCGCGACGAGGCCGAGGGUGUGUCGCUCAACGAGCGUGCGCCGUCGGAUCCCUUUCGCUCCCGCCCGCGCAUGUUUGCGGCCAAUGUCGCCAACGGCUGCUCGACCGUUGAGGGCUCCGAUGUGCUCUUCCCCAGCCUCGGACCGGACGUGAUCAAUGUCUCUGCCAGGACGGCGCCUCCUCGCGGUACCUGCGCCUAA